UCCGUCUCCAUCUGCGGCCACCACUCACGAGUCACCUUCAAGCCAAGACCCGGUCAGAAUGCACGAAGAGUCGCCCAGCAUGGCCGCAGCAUGCGAGUCUGCCCUUUUAAGGUCGAUUUACUCACACCCUCCGACUGACUGGAUCUCCUUGUUCUCGCGCUGGUCUCCCUGACAGUUCUUUAUCUCUGGAUCUAAAUCGUUUUUUUUCCCCCGCUCGCUUCACAAUCGAAUGGACUGAUGAAAGACCCGACAUUAGAAUCCUGAAUCAUGCCCUUUGUACCCAACACUCCCGAAUCCCUCGUCGCGAGAAGCGAUUCCAAGAAUCCAAGAACCACCUGCCGGGGUCUCACCGCUAACGGCCGGCCAUGUCGACGCCCUAUCGCCUCGUCUGUCUCUCCGACGGAGAACCUGGCCCCUCGGGUGCGAAAGAAUGGUGUAUUUGACGACGACCCGACCGACGAGUCACUAUACUGCUGGCAGCACAAAGAACAGGCGAGCCUCUCGGCCAGAUCGACUCCCGCUCGGAAGACAGCCACAAUAAGUCCCAUUGCCGAGGAUAGGACGAGCCUAGAUUCCCUCGUUGGCCGGUUAGGGUUGGUUGAGCUGCAGAAGAAGAAACGGUCCAGCGGCACUGGCACGAUACGAAGGCACGACAAGCGUCCUGGUCCCAACUACGACGACGACAAGACCAUCGCUACAUCUACCGCUACGCACGACGAUUCGAAGCCGUCCCCGACGAUAAACCGACCCAAACAGUCCACGAGACACUUGCUCUGUUGUUGCUUCAGCAUUCCCCUCGAAGAAAUACCCGAAUCACCAGCAGCAGCUCCUCGACCGGCAAGGCCAGGUUCUCGACCUAUAACACCAUCCCGUCGACCUAGACCUCGCCCCCAACCGAGGCCGGUCCAAGAUACCACGCACCUCGCGUCUCUUACCUCUCCACCGAACUUGUCGACGCAAUCCCCCGGACGGUCCUCCCUCAAAUCCACCACUUCCACCACGUCCCAGACGGCGCAGUACUUCUCUCUCAUCGCACCAGACACGCCUCCGCAGACCGCCUCGUCGCUCAUAGCAGAGCUAGCACGACCGUAUGCAGACUCGGAAGAGCCGGGCUAUAUCUACAUGUUCUGGAUGACCCCCUCGUCCGCUCCCGCCCGCCCUCCCGUCGACGCCGCUCGCUCUCUCCUCGCACCGCCUUCCUUGUCCGGGCCCUCCUCUCCAGGAGCGGCCGCCACAUCCCGCCAACGCCGCGCCAGCGACAUCGUGUCCACGUACGCCCGAAACACAAACGGCGGCGGCGACAACGGCAAACCGAGGACCAUGCUCCUCAAGAUCGGCCGCGCGGCGAACGUGCAACGCCGCAUGCAGCAGUGGUCGCGCCAAUGCGGCUACGACGUCGAAGUGAUCCGUUACUACCCUUACUUGGCCGGCGCGAGCGAGGCCGCGGGCCGGACGCCGCGCAUGACGCCGCAUUGCCGCCGCGUCGAGAGGCUGGUGCACAUCGAGCUGGCGGGGAGGGGCUUCAAGGCGAGGCGGCCCAGUUGCGAGGCCUGCGGCAGGGACCAUAGGGAGUGGUUCGAGGUGGAGGCUACGAGGGAGGGCAUUCGGACUGUUGACGAGGUGGUUCGGCGGUGGGUCGACUGGGAUGAGAGGGGCAGCGAUUGAACGUGAAACUACUAUGGAAUUUGUCUUUGAAAUGGCUUCAUGUUGCGUUUGUUUCGUCUAUUCUCAACUUCAACGAGGGCCACGAUGAGUGAACAGCAGCAGCAACAGCAACAACAUAAAAACAAACAACACAAAAUAAAAGAAGAGGAAAGCAAGAAACAAGACAAAACGCCGCAUUCCAGAAAUGAUCCGCUUCGAAAGAGUACGCACUCUGACUGCCUUGCCCUAUGA